CGGCGGAGGGCGAGCAUGGGGCGGCAGAAGAUCGAGAUCCGGAAGAUCGAGAGCGAGGAGGCGCGGCAGGUGUGCUUCUCCAAGCGCCGGGCCGGCCUGUUCAAGAAGGCGAGCGAGCUGGCCGUGCUGUGCGGCGCCGAGGUUGCCGCCGUCGUCUUCUCCCCCGCAGGCAAGGCCUUCUCCUUCGGCCACCCCUCCGUCGAGGCCAUCUUCGACCGCUUCGUCCCCUCCGCCGCGCAGCAUCCCGGGGCGGUGGCUGCCGGCGCGGGCCUGGGCGCCUCGGGCGACCGCAACCUGGCGGAGCUGAACCGGCAGUACGGCGAGCUGCGCACGCAGCUGGAGGCGGAGAAGGCGCGGAAGGAGCGCGCGGAGGAGGCCAUGGCGAAGGAGCGCGCCGCGGGCAACCAGAUGGCGGCGUGGCUCGACGCCGACCUGCGCGACAUGGGGGAGGAGGAGCUGAUGGCCUUCGCCGCCGCGCUGGUGGAGGUGCAGGCCGCCGUCUCGGAGCGCGCCAACCAGGUGCUCCAGGAGGCGCUAAACGUCGGCCGCUCCAGGAGCGCCAGCCGCAUGCUCCAGGCGCCCCCACCGCACCAGCAGCAGCAGCAGCUCGCCGGGGGCGGUACCUUCGAGUUCGGUGGCACCAGCACCAACGCCGGUAUGGAGAUACAGCAAAUGCUGCUGGCGAUGCCUCCGCCGCCCCCGCCGGGGUUCGCCCCAGGAAUGGACAUAGUGCAACACGGCGGAUUCCCCUAUUGA